CGCUACGGCAGUCGCCGCCGCGUCCCCGUGCCUGUUCCCGUCUCGCUAGCAAGGGCUGUGCCAUGGCGGCCUUCAGCAAGUACCUGACCGUGCGAAACUCCUCGCUGGCGGGGGCCGCGUUCCUGCUGCUUUGCCUGCUCCACAAGCGGCGCCGCGCCCUCGGCCUGCACGGUAAGAAAAAUGGAAAACCACCAUUACGGAACAAUGAGAAAGAGGGGAAAAAAGAACGAGCUGUGGUGGACAAGGUGUUUUUUUCAAGGCUCACACGAAUUCUGAAAAUCAUGGUCCCUAGAACAUUUUGUAAAGAGACAGGUUACUUGAUACUUAUUGCUGUUAUGCUGGUGUCUCGAACAUAUUGUGAUGUUUGGAUGAUUCAGAACGGGACACUCAUUGAAAGUGGUAUCAUUGGUCGUAGCAGAAAAGAUUUCAAGAAAUACUUAUUCAACUUCAUCGCUGCCAUGCCUCUCAUUUCUCUGGUUAAUAACUUCUUGAAGUUUGGGUUAAAUGAGCUCAAACUGUGCUUCCGAGUAAGACUAACUAAGUACCUCUAUGAGGAGUAUCUCCAAACUUUCACGUAUUAUAAAAUGGGAAAUCUGGACAACAGAAUAGCUAAUCCAGACCAGCUGCUUACACAAGAUGUAGAAAAGUUUUGUAACAGUGUAGUUGAUCUGUAUUCAAAUCUUAGUAAGCCAUUUUUAGACAUAGUUUUGUAUAUCUUCAAGUUAACAAGUGCAAUAGGAGCUCAGGGCCCAGCAAGCAUGAUGGCCUACUUGCUUGUUUCUGGGCUCUUCCUAACUCGAAUUAGAAGACCCAUUGGUAAGAUGACAAUAACUGAGCAAAAGCUUGAAGGAGAGUAUAGAUACGUUAAUUCUCGGCUCAUCACAAACAGUGAAGAAAUUGCCUUUUACAAUGGAAAUAAAAGAGAAAAGCAGACAAUCCACUCAGUCUUCCGAAAACUGGUGGAGCACCUACAUAAUUUCAUUUUGUUUCGGUUUUCUAUGGGCUUCAUUGAUAGCAUAAUUGCCAAAUAUUUUGCCACUGUGGUUGGUUACGUAGUUGUCAGUCGUCCUUUCCUAGAUUUGUCUCAUCCUCGACAUCUCAAAAGCUCACAUUCAGAACUUCUGGAGGAUUACUACCAAAGUGGAAGAAUGCUUUUGCGAAUGUCUCAAGCUCUGGGUCGAAUAGUUUUGGCUGGCCGUGAAAUGACAAGAUUGGCUGGCUUUACUGCUCGGAUUACAGAAUUAAUGCAAGUACUAAAGGAUUUAAAUCAGGGCAAAUAUGAACGCACCAUGGUCUCACAACAGGAAAAAGGAGCACAAGGCAUUCCCUUGAUACCUGGUGUUGGAGAAAUCAUCAAUGCAGAUAACAUUAUAAAAUUUGAUCAUGUUCCUUUAGCAACGCCAAAUGGAGAUAUCUUGAUUCGAGACCUUAAUUUUGAAGUUCGAUCUGGGGCAAACGUUCUAAUUUGUGGUCCAAAUGGCUGUGGAAAGAGUUCACUUUUCCGUGUUCUUGGUGAAUUAUGGCCUCUUUUUGGAGGACGUCUAACUAAACCUGAGAGAGGAAAGUUAUUUUACGUUCCCCAGAGACCUUAUAUGACCCUUGGAACACUUCGAGACCAAGUGAUAUAUCCAGAUGGAAGAGAAGAUCAGAGAAAGAAGGGGAUUUCUGACCUCGUACUGAAGGAAUACUUAGACAAUGUCCAGCUGGGUCAUAUCCUUGAACGUGAAGGAGGCUGGGACAGUGUUCAGGAUUGGAUGGAUGUACUCAGUGGUGGAGAAAAGCAAAGAAUGGCAAUGGCAAGAUUAUUUUAUCAUAAGCCCCAGUUUGCCAUUCUGGAUGAAUGCACAAGUGCAGUUAGUGUGGAUGUGGAAGACUACAUUUACAGUCAUUGUCGAAAGGUUGGCAUUACCCUCUUCACUGUGUCACAUAGAAAGUCUCUUUGGAAACACCAUGAGUACUACCUGCAUAUGGAUGGCAGAGGCAAUUAUGAAUUCAAACAGAUAACAGAAGAUACAGUUGAGUUUGGCUCUUAGAAUCCAGAGAACUGUGUUGAACCAGCUUCAAUGAAAUAAUUACACAAUACAAUUAGAAAUACAAAGUACAUUGUAAAAUAAAGUUGAGCUUGUUUUUUUAAACAAAACAACAAAUUAACUAGAUAUAAAAUAAUCACGAAUAAGUUGUUGAAACAUUUAAUAUUAUAUAGGAUAUUGCUAAUUGUGUAUAUGUUGGUUUAAUUAUUAAUAUGUACUAAGAAUGUCCUUAUUCUUGUGGUUAAAAACCUGCCUAAAUUAAAUUGGGCUUAAAUCAGUGUAACCUGAUUCAUCCUGGGAUGUAAACCAUUUGAAGUCAGCUACUUUGACUUUUAUGGCUCUAUCUUUUCCUUCAAUGAAGAACCCUAUUUAAAACUAGGGUCAUCACUUGUCCUUUUCUAACAAGAUAGUCUUGAGUUUCAUUUUCUUGUGCCCCAUGAUAGUGGGAAACAAACAAAUCAUAGUGUAUUAUCAAAAUGUACAUCUUGGCAUAAUAGCCUUUAUUACCCUGUGGCAGAUGUCUUUAGCUGCCACAGUUACACUCAUUCCUUAUGUCUUGGGGUACAUUUGAAUCCAGGAAAGCCAUUUGGAUUUUCUUUGGCUAAAUAAUAAAUGUGCCACUCGCAAUCUUCAUUAUUGAGUUGUUUUGAGGGUUAUUUGUGGUGAUGCAACAAAAGUAUAUGUGCAGUCUUUUUUUUUUUUUUUAACAUCUUUAUUGGUGUAUAAUUGCUUUACAAUGGUGUGUUAGUUUCUGCUUUAUAACCAAGUGAAUCAGUUAUACAUAUGUUCCCAUAUGCCUUCCCUCUUUAUGUGCAGUCUUGCUUACAGGGGAUGGUUACUGUGUUUCACACCUAAUCUUCUCAGUGAUGGGAUAUGAAAACACAAAGUCCUUACAUGUCAAGCUCAAGGUCUUAUAAGAUUUUUAGAAUUUUUAAAGAAUUGGAUGGAUUUGUAUAUGUUAGGAGCCCAUUCAUUAGAAGUGUGGUGGUUACAUGGCGUUAAACUCCAGAUGAGCCAUAGGAAUGUACUACAUGAAGUAAAGCACUGAGUAUGCAAUGUUAUCACUGUCUUUGACUGUGAUUUUAUGUUUAAAAAAUAUGUUAUAAAAUUAUGCACAUGAAUGAAUUAUGUUUCCUAAGGCACUGGUUUAUCUCUGUGACUCUUUAAUAACUUUUUUGUAUUUGGGUCAUUAUGUUGAACUAUAUCCUAAGAGAAAUCAAUUUCAUCUCACCAGACCACCAUUAAUGACUAUGUGUAUUAUUUGCACAGGGAGAACUGAAAUUGAGUAUUAUCAAUAAGCUAGAUAUGAAAUCAGUUUUAUCAAACUGGGAUUCAGAAAGGGGCUUUUUAUAUUCUUGUCUCUGCAUAACUGGUUUGGGUGUUUUUUUUUGCAGAAUUAACUAUAAGAAUCACUGACUACCAAAGUUAAAACUUGAUGUACUGAUUCCAUAAUACAUAACAUUCAAUUUUUACCGCUCCUCUUUAGCAAACUUGUAUACUUACUUAUUUUCUGUUCAGAUUAAAAAAGAAUCAGAUAUCCUAUA